AUCUGUGCUGUGGCAGAUCCAGGUGCCUUCUCCUGCUUCCUAACCCACCCGUGCCGGCUCCUGACCCAUGCUGGGAGGCCACCUCGGCUCUGCAAUGCCUGCAGCUCAGUGGGUGUAGAUGGUUUCCUUCUGCGUCACCGUCAGGGAAAUUGUGCAUGAAGAAUUUCAAAAGAGAGGACUAAUCGUCACGUGAUGGACCCUUCUUUAGAGAUUUUGAUAAGUUCGAGCAGCAGAGGCUCCAGCUCUGGUAGCUGAAGUGCAGCCGUAAGACACUGCCAAAAGUCCCUGCGCUGGGAGCAUCGCCAAUAAAAUGGGCUCUGCACACAAGAAGCUGAAGAUUUUUGUGAUGUUCCUGUCUCUGGCUACUUUCACAGUCAUGGUGAUACUGAACGCUGGCAAUGCCACCGGGCUGUUCAAAGGUCUAUUCCGGAGCACCCCAGGAAACAUCUCGGAGAAGUACGACACGGAUUUCACACCAGCUGGCUGGACUUUUCUCAUCUGGAACGUCAUCUAUGCUUGGCAGCUUGCGUGGCUGCUCUACGCGCUCUCGGGGAUCUGUCGAAGGAAUGAACUCGGAUGCGUCUACCUUGAGCCAGACUUGCUGCCAAUGCCUUUUUACGUGGUGUGGAUACUGAAUAAUGGCCUGAAUGUUGGGUGGCUCUUUCUGUGGGACCGUGAAUAUCUGCUCGCAGCCCUGGUGUUCCUGGCAGCCCUCACUUCUGCCACGUGUACCGCUGUCUUCGUUUCGCACAGAGCCUUGAGCAUCCACGCCACGUGGUUCGUGAAGGCUCACAAAGCCGAGCUCUGGCUCGUCCGGAUUCUCGUCCAGAACGGGCUGGUGCUGUACGCAACGUGGACCAUCAUUGCCACUCUGCUGAAUUUAGCCGUUGUGUUGAUCUACAAGUGGAACGUGUCCAACGAGACAGCAACUACUGCCUCGCUGUGCAUCCUUGCUCUCGACCUAGUAAUAUGGUUUUAUGUAGAAAACUUGUUUCUUGACAAGUACGUCCGUUACAACCUCACAGUCUACCCAGUGGUCAUGCUAGCUCUGACUGGCAGCGCGUGCAAGAACUUCUCGCUUUCCUCCCCAACGACCAAUGGCAUUUUUAUAGUUGUGCUACUGGCAGUGACUUGCGUUGUCUUUGCUGUUCGGCUGGGACUCGUCGUAUGGAGACACCAUAAGCAACGACUAGAACCACCAGAAACCCCAGAUCCAUCAGGCGUAGUGGCCUGAGACCUCCGGCGUGGUGACAUCGUGGCAGGUGUUUUGGGGAAAUCCGGGCAUCCUGCAUCCACCGGUCCUUUCUUCCAGUACUAGUUUCCUUAUAUUUUUUUUUAACUAUUUCUUUUUUUGUAUGCCAAAGUAGAAUGGUUUGUCUGCAAAUCCAUUCUGAUCUCGUGUUCUGUCCUCCCCAAUCAGUCCCCACUCUCAAUCUGCACCUUCCCCAGUUCGGUUUGACUGACUGGAGUAGUGGCAGGAAAGGUCCUUCAGGUGAACAGCCCCAUGCACUUUUUUGAUGACCCAACUGUGGCUUUCUGCUCUUUCCAGUGCUGUUAGCAGACACUGGACAGGUUUGCACACAGUUGUUCAUGUUCCCUCCUUGAGCCCGCAUUUCUUCUAACCGCUCUAAGCCAGGUUAGAGCGCAGCUCUAAGCGAGCUGUCCACAGGAGCUGAGGUGAGCAAUGGGGGGUCUAUCAUUCCCCCCCGAUCUUGGCCACCGGCUUCUUCAGCGCUGAGUAUCUGCAGGUGCCGCUGGCAUGAGCAGAUCCCCUGCAGGGAGCCACUGCUCCCCUUCCUGCCUCUGCAGGUCGUGAUCAGAACAGAUGCUGCAGCUCCAGACCUGCUUUUGCGGUGUCAGCCCUGAGAUUCAGCAUCCAAAGGGAUGCUGGUGGUGGGGUGACCGAAUCCUUUGACAUAGCUGCAGCAGUCUUCAGCCUAUCUCAGUUUGUGGUAGCUCCACUGACUGCAGAAACAGAAGAUUAUUCACUUUUCAGCAUGAGACAAUGCAGUCUCUGGGUUUCUGCCUUGUCUUUUUGUUUUCUUUUUUUCCCCUUGACUUUUCUCAGUGAAGCUGGUUGCUGUGUCAGUGCCUCCACUUGCGGACCCACAAUGGGUAAGAGCAAAUCCUUGCAAUUCCUGACGUGCCCGCAAGACAGACGAGGCGCAGGUCAAGCGGGAGCGGUGGGCUGCUGUUCUCUGGAGGUGGGCAGCGCAAGCGACGCAGAACUUGUGCUUGCUGCGUGCGUCCUGCCCCAGGAUGGUUUCCAGCCCUUCUGGCAGCAGGUUCGAUGCACAGACAAGACAAUACCUGAUCUGAGGAAGGCCUGCUGCUUCAAAGGGAGCCUGCUAAAGCUUUUUUGAACUGGUAGAAGGAGUUCAUUCCAGAUCAGUGCUUUGUCAUAUGACUGCACCACUUCGGGCUUUAUUAGAAGCCUGAGAGCGGAUUGACUGAAUUGACAAACCACAACCUCUACUUCCUCCGUCUAGCAGAGGAUUAAUGGGGCCUCACAGGUUUCUACUGGUGCAUGGAAAGUGUCUGGAGAUGGCAAAGCUCAAAGCAGCCUCUCCGUAAGCUGCCCUCUUUAAUAGAGGGGUUUCGAGGCUGCGGAUUAAGGGCUGCAGGCAAGGGGACUAGCUGGGGAAAGGCUGUUCAGCAGUUCAUGCACCCACAGCUGCACCGUCCUUCCCCAGGACCACGCAGAAAGGCCCCAGGGCUCUGGGAAAGGCGUGCAAACCUGGUGUCUCUACUGGACACACUGCUGGAAACGACACUGCAGGGUACAAUUAAUAGAGAAAUUAGCUGGGGAGAGUCUCCAGGGCAAGGCAGUGCUUCACACACCCCUUCUUGUUCUCUGCAGGACUUCGGGCAUGUAGAUAAGGCUGAGCUUUUUUAUAUUCCUACUGGUUUCAUCCUCGUGCCUCUUUAAAGCCUGUUGGCUCUGUUUAGCAUGGGUCCCUGCCCCUCUGGGAGCAGAGGGAGGGUCUAGGCAAGGCAGUGGCAAUGCCUGGGGCUUGGCAAGGUGCCUGCGCCAGUGGCCCAGGAGGCUUCGAGGGAAAGAAGGACCCUCCCUUGGGGCAAGGUAAGCCGAGGUGGAUCCUGACCCAAGGGACAGCAAACUAAGGACACGGGGAAGGUAAAGAGUUAAUGUGGGCUGAGGAGAGACUGGGCGAAUGCUAAGAAGAGAGACGGGUAAGGGCUUUACUAAACAGAUGCUGCUCUCCACCCUGCUCCUGCCACUCCUCAGGGAGCUGCGAGGAGAUUUUCAAAGGCCUUUUCCGAGUGCUGAUGAGGUGCCCCAGCAGCACCGAGUCCGUCUUGAGCAGACCCCCCCGGGAGAAAGCCCCUGGCAGCUCCCCCGAGCCGGCGCUGACCCUGGCCACACGCAAAUAAAGCUGCCGGCUGCCAAAUUCCCGUCGAGCAGCAUUUCCCCCAGAGCUGCGACGGGCCUGGGAAGGGGCAGCCUGGCAGAAAUGAGCCUCCAGCACAGCCCGGACUUCCGUGGGUGCCGGGUGCCCGCCCGGAGCGGAGGCUCGCACAGCGUUGGGCAGGAGCACCGGCCGGGCUGUCCCAGCACCGAGCUCUGACCCGUUCUGGGAAAAGCGCCUUUCCCUGUGUUUGUGGCAGGAGCCUAAAAAUAUUGGCACUCUGCCUUUUCCCGCUUUUCCUUUCACUGGGGGGAAAACAGGAAUGAAAAAAGUAGUGUGAACUUUCCUCUUCUAGUUCACAAUGUGCUAUUUUUAAAGUCCUUCUCUCUCUGAAAUGCCUCGUUUCCACUUAUUUUUGAAAACCCAAAAUACCCGUGAUGAUGUUUUCCCCACAACAGAUCCUUCUCUCAACGAAGCUCCACUUUAUGAAGCCAAAAGCCUGCCAACUUUUUAGCAAAAAUAAUCUGCCCGGCCUUUGUUUCCAUGAGUGAUUAUAGGAUUCGGGUGAAUUUUAAAGGAUUUAGUUUCUUGGAAAGCUGCGGGGAUUUAGAACUUCAGGGACGCACCGUUGCAACUCUGCUUGCCGAGACUGGUUGUACUGAGCUGCCCAGGCUGCCUCUCCUCUCCGUGGGGCUAGAAGAGGGUGGUACUGGAAAAACUAGACUUGAGAUCGUUCCUGGGACCAUACUGGCCGGGGGUGGCCAUUGCACCGGGACUGAAAUUCAGCAUUAAAGUGGUGUUUGGUGUUUUCCUCUGCGGCAAGGGCUUGGAGGUUGCUGUGAAGUGGGGGAAGAGUGCUCUGGAGGGUGAAUGCCCAGAGAGUCACUGGGAGGCCAGAAACGUGUCCCGGUCCGACAGUGCUGUCCUGCAGCAGAGCCUGGAGGUCUCCGUGGAAGGAAAGCAGGGUGAUUCCCCACCAGUUUGGUAGUACAUGCUGCUGAAGGCUGUAAACGUUGGGCUGGACGUAGGUCUGGCUGUUACUGAAGCUGCAAGACAGUUGUUUUUAGUAAAAAAUUCCUGGGUAAAUCUGAUACGGAAGAAUGUUGAAUGGAACAAAUUGUGGGUUAGGGCAAAUAUGCGUUUGACUUGAGAGAGCAAAUACGUUAAUUGCAAGGGAAUUUUUAAAAUCGUGUUGUAAGGCCCAGGACUGGGCUGUCAUUAAAGCCUCGGUGGCUUUCAGAAGAAACGGUGCCUCAUUUCUUGGAUUGGGGCUACCACCGAUUGUACCAGAAACGUUCAGCCUAGGGUCUCGCUGCCACUGCAGACAUGCAACAAGCGACUUUUUGGAAGGGUUGUCGGGGGUAAAAUCCUCCCAGAGACAAAGUGGAGCCCAGGGCUCCUGGGGAGAUGGACUUUGAGCCCUGGUGAGGCCCUGUCCCCAGUGAGGGCUCUCGCGCUUCCCACUGCCUCUUACUGGGCAUUUUUACACCUUCAUUGCAAUGGGCAAAAAUGUCUGAGCUGGGAAGACUCGGCUGUCUCCUCCUUGACUACCCCAAGAGCAAAAGAGAUCCUGGGCUAGGGGCAGGUUUCUCUUAGACACCUUGCGUCAGCAGAAACGUGCACCAGAUGAGUGCUCCCGGAGUCCAGUCCUGCCCGCAGCCCUGGGACACGUUGCUGCCUCUCGUGAUGCUCUUUGCUAUAUGGUUUGGACGCUGAGGCCAGGAAGAGUGCAGUCGGGAGGAUCUCCUGAUGGGCUCCCAAAAACAGAGCACCCAGGCAAAGGAGACGUUGCGUUCUGACCUGAUUUGUUCUUGACUUGAUGCUACUCUCAGUACUAAUUAUAUUAUAUUAAACCACCAGCGGAAGAAAAAAAAGAGACUGCUGGAGAGAAGAAAUGCUACAAUAUGAUGCAAAGCACCAAAGUAUAAAGCAGAUUUGCCUUUAAUCUGAAAUUCAGCACUACAAAACUAUCAUAAUCCCAUUGCAGCGCCACAGCCAGAGGCCGUGGGUGUAACCAGUAGGUUCAAGGGCAGUGUCGUUUCACGGGGCUGGUGCAGCCCAGGGGCAAGAUGCUGAGAUAAGGGUGCUCAGUUGGGCCAGUGGCACCAUUUCGCUGCCUACCAGUGAUGCUGGGCCACCAGCACCAGCGGGUGACACAAAUGAAUGCUCUGAUGCCUUGCUCCUUCCCAAGGCAUUGCACCAGAGCAGCAUCGGCCUUGUAGCUGAAAUGCAAAAUAGUCUGGUCGUUGCACCUCCAACACGCGUUCUCUGCGCUUGGAGCAAAUCCCUUUCUUCCCCUCUGUGCCGCCAUGUCCUUAUCUGUAAAACAGAGAUGAACAGGAACAGCAUCUUCACUGAGCACUGUGAAGAUCUUCAGAUAAAAGCACAAAAUACAUACAGCGAUGAUUAAAGGGCUCUGCACCCUUUGCUCUGCACAGAAUCUAAACACGCUUAGGCCACCACUGGGCCAUUCCCUUUGAAAACUGUUAGAUGUUUUGAAGCUAAAUAUUUAUUUUAUCUGCACAGAGCUGGGACAGCCUUGUGUCGGGAGAUUAGCUCAACGCGCUCUGUCAAAGGCAUCUCAGCAAGGAGGUACAGGCUCAGGCAUGACUCAUGCAUGGGCUGAACAUGUGGGAAAAAAUGCUGAAAUAACCCAGGAUCUUGACCCUAUUCCCAGCAGAGCCAGAAUUCCAGCAAGAGCACACAUGAACUUUAGGACAACGUAAUGGGCUUCCCCACUGGAAACUUUGACUCAAAACCUUGAAUAUCCACAUGAGAAAGCAGUGUUUUUUCUCUCCUCUGUGGGGAGAAAGGGCCUCCAAGAUCCUUGCCCGGGUAUCAGAUAAAAUGUAGUAUCGAAGCGACUGAGAAAGAAUAUGACUUGCUCUGGGUAGGACUGCCUGGGACUGGGGACCGCAAGAAGUGACGGUGACGUUAUCUAGUAACUUGGUUCGUCUUCUUGGUUCGUCUUGUUCUAAUAAAAGCUCGAUU